AGCAUAUGGUGCUCGAUCUUGUAUGUGAAGUCCUGGAACAUAGGUUGCAGUAAAUUCAAUACUACUAAGUCUUGUUACGCUUGGAAGAGCAGCUUUUGUUUUUCCCUUAUCCUUCUUGUCAAACUUAUCCAAGAAAAAUCAAAGCGAGAAAAUUAGCCUCCAGUAGCAAGUGGUAAUAUGGUGGCUGGUCUUAUGAGAGAUGCUGUGUCUAUUGCGCUUGCUUAUAAUUAGGCAAGUUGUGGAAAAUGUUCCUUUUUAGGUUGUUGUAGGUUUAAAUCUACCCAAGUAGGGAAAAGGGAAAAAAUUGGCAUUCCAUGAAAAGGCUACUAAAUCAGAACAAAUAUAAUCUUGCAAAAUACUGUAUGAGGUCUAUGGUUUUGCUGGCUCAUAUUUCUUGCUUACCGAUUUGAGUUUUCAUAUCUUAAGGUAGAUUUAUGUUUAAUUUGGUGUGUUUUGGUAGACCUAUAUGAUAGACAGGACAAACAGAGAUUAUGUGUGCUAUUUUGGGUUCAUGGUUCACAAUAUUUGGGUCUUUGGGAUCUGGCACUUUAUAUUUCCACUAAAGUUCAGAAGUCCUGGAAUUAGUUGGUCUUGAAUGUAAAUACAUUAAGUUGAUGGUUUAUGUAGAUCUUAAUUAUGAGCUCGAUUUUAAUAUGUUGGCACAUAACAUUAGGCAAUUCAAUGCUUACUUGAUCUACAAUCAUUUUUUAGUAUUUUCUGUUGUCAAAUACCAAGCGUGCAAUAUGCUUGUUCAGAUUUCUAUUAUUAGAUUUUUCAAAUUAGUUGGAUUGGCUAACAUGUUAUAGCUAGAUUAGCUACUUUAAGAACAUUUAUUGCUGGAUUUUCAGGUUACUUUGAUUGGUUCCUUAAACAAAACUGGUUUGAGAGCAAUUGAUUAUAGAAUCACUUAAUCACUCACAAACACUCACAUCUGAUUCAAAGCAGAAGUAUGUCUACUACUCGUUAUCUUUUCUGUGUUUUAUGCUUUAGUGUUAAAUUUUGAGUCACUAGCUGUAAUGGUUAGUAGACUGCCAGGAUGAUUCCCAAAAGACAAUUCUUUUUUUUUUUUUAAAUUUAGUUAAAUGCAGUCACCAAUGACAUUAGUGUAUUAUAUAAUUAUAAUAGAUUAGUCACCAAAGAGGUGUGCUAGGACCCACAAUUGAACUCACUUUUCUGUUUAUUGGUGAGUUUUUGUGUUUGUCACGGCAGCAAAAGAAACCAACGUCCCAUAUAUUAGUGUCUAAACCGUGGCUAUUGAGGAUAGACACCAAUCAUUGGUCUCCAACUCUCCAUUGACCCAAAUCACACCAUUGUCAAUGGUGUUUUUAGUCCACUUUUGUGGUAGUGGUGGUUCAGCAUACAGAGUGUUGAGAAUAAUAUGGUUUCAGGUAACCAGUGGAAUCAACCGGGGAUCAAACUAUGGCCAUCACAUUUUUUACCAGGUUGUACUCGGGUGUUGUUGCUGAAGAUAGGGAGGCACUAAUAAGUGGAGUGCCCUCUUUAUCAAUAUCACUAAAUUGGAGGAAGGAUGAAAGUCAAGAAAAUGAUUUCAAAGAUGCAGUUGCUGUUUGUUUACCUCUAAUAAAUGCAGCUAUCAGGGAUAUUGAGAAGGGGGAAUUCCCCAAGAGUUGCUUUCUGAAUAUAGAGAUUCCUUCAUCUCCUUUAUCAAACAAGGCCAUGGCUCCCCGGUCUAACAACACAGCCAAAGCUAAAGCAAUAGCACUAAGGAUGAAGGCACUGCAAAUGAAAAGAGAUAAAAAAACAGUGUCGAAACCAGCUGUUGAAGAGACUAAUGCACCACCUAAAUCUGCCUUCACCAAACAUGAUCAAUAGUAUGAGAUAUCAUUGUUCUUUGGGUUCCAUUUGUUGAUCAUGCCAACUGCUAUGGGUUAUUGAACUGAUGUUUACUAAAUUUAGCUCCAUUAUGGAUGUAUGUAUAGAUGCAGUAACAGAUUAAUCAAAUAUUGGUAUUUUUGUGAAUGGAUUCCAUAUUUGAUGAAUGCAUUGGGUAG